GCCUUAACGGCGCUUCCGAUUACUACACCUGCUAACUGAAGUACUGUACAUUGAUCCUAGAGGAUUUUUCAUAGGCGGGGGGAUCGAGCCGGGAAGGGUUGGUUUGAGAAGAUGAUGAAUUCGUUGAGACGCUUUUCGAGCAAAGCCUCUCUGAUACGUGCAGUGGCUUUGGCUGCAGCUGGUUCGGGCAUUGUUUGCUUCACCAAUUCUUCAGAUUAUAAUCGAUCAGUAUCCGUUUCAAUACCUUCACGCAUCAGAGAUUCUUUAAACUGUUGGCCAUGGAGAACAAUGGAACUGAAUAACUGUCCACCACUUGUUCAGUCCAACCAGUCACAGCAUGGUAUUUCCCCACUGUUUUAUUCUGCACCAGAUGCUGUGGCCGAUCCUGACUCGAGGAAAGGAGCUUCACUAGAUGGUGGAGAUAGUCCCAAACACUCUUGCAAUUGUCUUGGGCGUGAUACCAUUGCUAAUGCAGCUGCUAAGGUUGGUCCUGCAGUUGUCAAUUUGUCAGUACCACAAGGUUUUCAUGGCAUGACUGUUGGGAUGAGCAUUGGAUCUGGAACUAUAAUCAAUGAAGAUGGCACUAUAUUGACAUGUGCUCAUGUGGUGGUUGAUUUUCAAAAUUUGAGGUCUUCAUCUAAGGGAAAGGUUGAAGUGACUUUACAGGAUGGCCGAUCCUUUGAGGGCACAGUGUUAAAUGCUGAUUUACACUCUGAUAUAGCAAUUGUGAAGAUCCAAUCAAAAACUCCACUUCCAACAGCAAAAGUUGGGAAUUCAAGUAAGCUCCGUCCUGGUGAUUGGGUGCUGGCUAUGGGCUGUCCCAUGACCCUUCAGAAUACCAUUACCGCAGGUAUUGUAAGUUGCGUUGAUCGUAAAAGUAGUGACUUGGGACUUACAGGCGUUCAAAGGGAGUACUUGCAGACUGAUUGUGCAAUCAAUCAGGGUAGUUCUGGCGGACCUCUUGUCAAUGUUGAUGGGGAAGUCAUUGGCGUCAAUAUCAUGAAAUUGUUGGGGGCUGAUGGAUUGAAUUUUGCUGUCCCAAUUGACUCUGUUACAAAGAUCUUAGAGCACUUCAAAAGAAAUGGGAGAGUAGUGCGUCCUUGGCUUGGUUUGAAAAUGAUCGAUCUGAACGACAUGAUAGUUGCCCAUCUCAAGGAAAGAACUAAAUCCUUUCCGGAUACCAACAGAGGUCUCCUUGUGCCUAUGGUUUCGCCUGGGUCUCCAGCUGAUCGCGCUGGAUUUCGUCCUGGAGAUGUGGUGGUUGAAUUCGGAGGAAGGCCUGUCGAAAGCACCAACGAGGUGAUUGAAAUAAUGGGAGAUAAAAUUGGGAAGCCGUUCAAGGCAGUGGUGAAGAGAGCCAACAAUGUGACGGUGACGCUGACAGUGAUCCCUGAAGAAGCCAACCCUGACAUGUGAAAUUUAUUUACAUCCAUCCUUUUGCCCCUCAUGCAUAGAAUACAUAUCUUGCUUUUGUACGCCAUCUCGCACCUUCUUAUGAAUAUACAUGUAUUUAUUAUUAUUAGGUUUUAUACUCUUUCAAUGUAUUUUAGAUAAAAUUAGAUCGAACUUAGUAAUUUGCAAAUUAAGCUAACAAUACAUGUUAUGCUAAGCAAAUCAUACGUGGGGGAGAUGUAAUUCUUGUAAUUUACAUAUUCUACUUAUUUAUUGGAAUGCAAUAUAAAAGUAGGAACAGGUUGUAUCUAAAAAG